GGUAUUUAGAGCGACUCGCGAUCGCCGCGGAGAAGCCGCCUCUGCCGUCGGACGAGGGAGCGGGUGGAGAGCGCCGCCGCCCCCCCCCCCUUCAGCAAGGCCGCUGUGGCGCUUGGCCGGUUUUAUUUUCUGCUCUGCCCUCUUCCUGCUGUCGCUCACAAGGACCUUGACUAGCCCCUGGCAGCGGAGGGAGGAAAGGAGCGAAGCAGUGCUGGUAGAGGACUAGGAGACCGCCCGUCCUCCUCCGGGUGCAGCUCGGCGCCGACGUAGCCUCCGCCUGCUCCUGCUGCCCCCCCCUCCUCUCCGACCCGGCUCCGCCAUGUCGGCUGCUGCUCCCGAGUACUCCCCCUUCUUCGCCGUCAUGGGCGCCUCGGCUGCCAUGGUCUUCAGCGCCUUGGGAGCAGCCUAUGGCACAGCAAAAAGCGGUACAGGCAUCGCAGCCAUGUCUGUCAUGAGGCCGGAGCUGAUCAUGAAGUCCAUCAUUCCUGUUGUCAUGGCGGGUAUUAUAGCAAUCUAUGGCUUGGUAGUGGCAGUCCUUAUUGCCAACUCCCUCACAGAUACCAUCACACUAUAUAGGAGCUUCCUUCAGCUGGGCGCUGGUCUGAGUGUGGGCCUCAGCGGGCUGGCCGCAGGUUUUGCCAUCGGCAUUGUGGGCGAUGCAGGUGUUCGGGGGACAGCACAACAACCUAGAUUAUUUGUUGGCAUGAUCCUGAUCUUGAUCUUCGCUGAAGUCUUGGGUCUGUAUGGUCUCAUUGUUGCCCUCAUCCUUUCCACAAAGUAAAAAAAAUACCACAGAGUAUGAUGUAAAACAAAAAGUUGAGAAAAAAAAAAAAAACCAACAACCUAAGCUCCAGAAUGAAAAUGGUCUCUCCACAAUGUGUACAGUUGUCAUCAGUUUGGUAGUUGAUCUCUUGUAAAUGCGCAAUGUAUGUUAGUGACUUGUCCGUCUCGUGUGUACUUCCAAUAUUAAAUACCAGAUGAGCUGCCUCAAGCCAUCUUGGCGAGGUUUGAGGGAAGCUCAUGCAGAGUUUUCCAUCCAUUUGCCAUUAGAGUACUUUAUGUAUAAAUAUGAACUAGAAAUGGUAACUUUUUUCUCUUCACUGGAUGUUUUAUUUAUAAGACUUGACAUGUUCAUACAUAUGGAGCAAGAGUUUUCAAUUUCCCAUGCUAUAUAUAUUAAUCUCAUAUAUAGAUAGAUUAAUACACUGUGGGGUUAAUUGUAAGUGCAGAGAAAUCCUUGGAUGUAAUUUGAUUCUCAAAGAUUGCCGUUGUGUUGGAGUGUGAGACUGUGUUUCUACAAAGCAGCAAAAUGUCUGAGACACUCCUGUGUUCCCAGUAGUAAAAAAAAACUGUAUGCUCUGGCAUCAAAGUUGUGCACCCAGUGUUGGGUUUUCGCAGUUAUAUGUUUCCAGAUAAUAAAAUUUCCUCCACUACAUCAUUGUAAA